GUGAUACAACAAGUACCUCCUCCAACACCUCGACUUUGGCAAAGAAUAAGGGACAGGCUCCUUUGGUUCUACUCAGACAUUAAUUUAUCAACAACUCUCCCAACGUCAACUUGUGCCAACCUUCGUCAAUAUGCUCUUCUCUACAAUCGCGGCAGCAUUCUUCUAUGCCACUUCUGCUUAUGCAGCUGCUCUUCCCCAAGCUCCUGGAAAGCCGCACAGUUACACUCCCGCGAAAAACCUCGAUAAUCUUGCCAAACUCUUCCCUCAAAGUGCCCUUACAAGCCCGGAUGGUAUGACACUCAAGUAUGUUGUACUUGGCAUCGGUACACAGAACUAUACCUGUGCGAAUGCAAGCGCAGUUCCUGGUACUACUGGUGCUGUUGCUACCUUGUAUGACAUCGGUACAAAACUCAACAACGACCGAGAUGCAAAGUGGAAGAUCGCAACCAUCUCCCCACUUGCCCUGUCCAUGUCUGAAUGGGCUCCCCAACUGGUCGACAUGAGUCUCCAGGCUCAAGGCUUUCAGAACGUUGCUGGACACCAUUUCUUUGCCGAUGUUGCUGGAACAAGCACCCCAACAUUCGCCUUUGACCAGCUCAGUGCCCCAUAUCCUCUGUGCCAGGUCGCAAAGAUUGGCGCCGUCGAUGCACCGAAAACUGCAUGCUCGGGAAAGAACGGUCUUCCCGCUAUCCAGUGGCUUUACCUGCAGCACAAGACGGGCAUCGCCCAAGGAGGUAUCACCACUGUCUAUCGUGUGGAGACUGCUGGUGGCAACAAGCCUGCAACAUGCCAGGGCAUGCCACCUGCAUGGGAAGUCAAGUACGCUGCACAGUACUGGGUCUAUGGUCCAAAGCAGUAAGCGCUGGGCUUACGACGCUCGUUUCGACAAUGUUACGACAACACCAAACUUUCUGUGCUCCCCAUGACCUUUGUCUAUGCAUAGGGUGGUUGCGCGCGGCUACAAAUGGUCUUUUUUUUUUCAUGAACUGGGAUCAUGGGAUCAUGUGUUCAACCUUUUUCUUCAUUACUGUAUUUUUUUUUCUCUUCUUCAUAUUUCAUGUUUUUAUAUGACGAUACCCUUUCUGUAGUGUGCAUGGAUUUUGCCAGUGUUUUAGUCUUGCAAUGUAGGUGUCAUCUCGGGCAACACGGCGUUUAUAGAAACUAUGCAUUGUUUGGUUUGCAUAAACAAACUUAUGCAGCGCUCUAA